GAUAGUGAUUUUUAUUGCGAGUGAAAUAGUUUGCGCAUCGGCAAAGAUUCUCCAGAACUAAAGCAUGGAACACCAAAUUGAAAACCGAUUAAAUGAUUCUUCCUCUCCUGGAAUUACACCUCCAAAAUCUGCUAUAGGUGGUAAACCUAAUCAGGUGAGCACAGUGAUUCUAUAUGGAAUACCCAUCGUUUCCCUAGUCAUUGAAACCCAGGAACGUCUGUGUUUGGCCCAAAUAUCAAACACCCUAUUGAAGCAAUACAGUUAUAACGAAAUACACAACAGACGUGUAGCACUGGGCAUAACGUGUGUGCAGUGCACUCCAGUGCAGCUAGAAAUACUUCGUCGGGCUGGUGCAAUGCCUGUAUCUUCGCGGAGGUGCGGAAUGAUAACACGUAGAGAAGCGGAGCGUUUAUGCAAAAGUUUCCUUGGGGACAACAGUCCGCCGCGCUUACCAGACGAUUUUGCAUUCGCGGUGCAUCACGAAUGUGCAUGGGGAUGUCGUGGUUCGUUCUUACCUUCACGUUAUAAUUCUUCGCGCGCUAAAUGUAUUAAGUGCAACGUGUGCGGGUUAUUUUUCUCCCCUAACAAAUUUAUAUUUCAUUCCCAUCGCUUAAGUCCCAAUGACAAAUAUGUCCAACCGGACGCGGCGAAUUUCAACUCGUGGCGACGCCACAUGAAGCUCAGUGGAAACGUUCCCGAGGAAAUUAUGCAUGCUUGGGAAGAUGUGAAAGCAAUGUUCAACGGGGGCACCAGGAAGAGGCUUCUAUCAAGUUCAAUAGUUUCUAGAAAUCCCAAACAAACUAAAGUGGAUGUCGAUCCACCAACACCACAACCCGUAGUGCCCGCGCCUAGAAUUACUGGUUGCCAGGGAAUUUCGCUGCCUAUUUCGAGGGUUUCAAUGGAUUUAAUUUACAAUAAACCGUUCCCAUUUGCACCUUACUCAACCUUUCCGUGGCUAAAACGCAAUCCUGUCUUAUUCCCUUAUGAAAAUCCAUUUUUCCCAGUUGAUAAAUCGUACCAAUCUGCUUUUAAACCUGUUCAACCUGUUAUCGAAAAGCCACCCGAAAAAGAGGACCAUAGUGACGAUGAAGUUGACAUAGAAUCGACGGAUGAGAAGAUGGAGAUUACGACGUUCUGGAGUCCUAAGCGGGAAAGGGCACCUCCCUCCGUUUCCGAAAGCAACGAGCAGCUUUCGUUAACACCACAUCAAGAGGCCGUAUCAACUUUAACUGACAGAAUAUGGAACCUCUCUAGGUUUUCUUUGGAUAGAUCGGAACGAAGCAAUUUUUUAUACAGGCACGAUCUUCACAGGCACUUUUUCAUCGAAUCAGAUGGAUCGCCAGCACCAAGAAAUAGCGUAUCUGGAACCCCUGCAAUCGAUUGCACGACGUGCUUAAAUCACAAUGGAGUGCUUUGCUUGAACUCAGAAAACAACAAUAAGCUACCGUCACCUACUGGGGAUACCUUUUAAUGUAAAUAAUUUGUUUUUGUUAAAAAUUUAAAUUUUACAAUCUAGUCGCCCGUGACCGGUGGAAGUGGAAAGAUUGAAACCAUCUAACCAUUAGUGAAAUUAGUAAUUUGUUCAUAACGAAAUAUAUUUUCAUUGCCACGAGAAUGAAUCAAGCUAAAUAAGAGUUGAGACCUUAAGGUCGCCUAUACCAUGUCAAGCAUAUCAUUUUAGCGAUAAAUGAUGUAAUAUAAUGUAAAAACGUAAAUGUUUCUGUACUUUAAAUUCCUAGUCAAUCAUUAUA